AUGGCAUCUGAAGUUAUAGUAGAAAACGAUAAUUGCGUGGAAUUAUUUCUUAGAUACAAAAAGGAUUUUGAUAAGACUAUUCAAGAUUUUUAUGAUAAAACUCCUGAACUAAAUCCUGGAAAAACAUGUGCUACAGUGUUUAGUAGUGUUUCUAACUUUACAGAAGCUUGUCAAGAAAUUGGAGUGUAUUUAAUGAAAAUACAGAAGUAUUAUUUUUCUGAAAGAAUAAGACGUUGUAAAUACUUGAAUUACAGGAUAAAUAAUGAAGAAAAAUAUAAUAAGCCAUCUAAUUGGUUUGAUGAAUAUAAUAAAUUUUCUUCCAAACUUGAUAAUAUAUGUGAGCAAAAAUUCGAAGUAAUUAAACCUGAUAUUUUAAAUAAUCUUAAAAAACUAUAUAGUUAUUAUGAUGCUUUUCACAAAUAUGAUGGCACAAAUGGCACAUCUAAUGAAGGUUACUGUAAUAAAAUUCAAGAGUGUUACAACUUUUAUAUUAAACAUUAUGACAAAUGUCAAAAAAAUAAGGAAAAUGCCUUUUGUGAGGAGUUAUCCAAUUUCAAGAAAGCAUACGAUAAUAAAAUGCGCAAGGUAGCACCUUGUUCUAGUUUACCACAUAUUUUACCACCUACACAAGUAGAUUAUAUAUUUGUUACCAGUUUAACAACAUCUAUAGCAUUACUAACAUUAUUCACUUUAUUUUUUUUAUAUAAGUUUACUCCACUGAAAUCUUGGUUACAUAGUCGUUUAAAAAGAAAAACAAUAAUUGAACUUGAAGAAGAAACAACAAAUUUCUUACAAAACAUACAAGAAGAAGUUGAUAGAAUUCAUGGAAAAAGUUUUCAUAAUAUAAGUUAUCAGCCUAGAAAAGAUAUAUAA